UCUCUUGCCUCCCUGUUUCCCUCCCUCUUGGUGAUUCUUUACUCACUCCCUAGUGUUUUCAUCUUUGCUCUUUUCUUCCUCUCUGGUCUUGGUUAAGGUCUUGACUUUGGCUGGGUCUUUGCCCUUUCUUCUCUUUUUUGCAUUUUCUACUUUUUCUACCUUUUCCUCCCCAUAGCUGUAUCCUUCUUCACUCCCAGGUUGUCUUCCUGACUCUACCUUCACCAUGAUGAACAACUCGGCUAUACAAGACCCCUCACGACAAUUGCAGGAAGCCCUUGAGGAGCCAGAUCGUUUGGGCCCUCUGGGAGGACAUCAGAGUGAGCCAAAGGGGGAUGGGCUGCCUCUGCUUGCCAUUAUUGUGACUCUUUUUGUCUUAGUGGCUAUCUGUAUUAUCAUGGUUGUCCAUUUUGGUCCAGAACUUCGAAAGAUCCAAGUUACUCUCCCUCAGGAGCCCUCAUCCAUGAAGCAAGAAGGUGGUGUCCGUCUCAUUCACUGGCAGGCCCUGGGCUCUCAACUUAGAAUCGGGCCCCAAGAAAGCUACAGGGAAACCCAGCCGGGGCUUGCUGCUACCAGCCUCUGUACCCAUUCCAACAUCAGAGAACUUACAUAUCUAUAAAGAACAAGGCUUGCAAUUUCCCCUUACCACCAAAGUUGGACAAAGAUUUAAGAGGAAAGAGAAUAGAAGAUUUGUGCUUCAAAGCCUAUGGAGAAUGGGCAGAUGAAUUUCUUACCUGAGUUGAUUUUCAGGGGUGUCCUUCCUGGGACUAGGAAAAUAAAUGCUGAGUUGAGGGUCUCCUGAAAACAUACUGUAGUUUGUGUACUUCUAAUUCUCCCAUUCCUAUCUAUCCUUCCCUCCACUACUCCCUAGCCCUAAAACCCCAUUUCUCUCUCUCAUCUAGUAAUUCCCAGGCCUUUGAACUUUCUUCCUUAGUUUCCUUUUCUCUAAACUCCUUUCUCCCAGUUUCCCUCCUCUUCUAGCCUCCU